CCGGGGGAAGGAACGAAGAGCCCGGGGCCUGAACCAAUUGGCACAGGCCGGGAACAUACAAGACUGACCAUAGCCAUCCAGCUGACCGCCUGGCUCCUGUCCAUUGCAAGCUUGGCCACUUGGUCCUGAUCGCCAUUCAACGUCGCGAGGGUUAAGGGUUAGAUAGUGGGAGACAUAAAGGAGUACUUUCAGGGCGGCUGGAUGGUGCGCAGGGACAGCGCUGGCUCCCUCUGCAGAGGUGCCGUGGAGUCGGGGCAGUCUGCUCUACCAACAAAACGAGAACAGCCACUAUGGAGGAGAAGAUCGAGCGAGUCAACCAGCAGAUUGAGGGGGUGGAAGCGAAGAUCGAGCAAGUCGAACAGGCCAUUGCCAAUGCAGAAGCGGAGUGGAGAAAAGGUGGUCCUCAUGAGGGCAUCUGGCUGAAGAGAGAGGAAGACUUGCGCAAGGAGAAGGGGCGGCUGCAGUACAAGGAGAACCAGCUGCGGGAGCUGUUGCUGAGGAUAACCCCUCCUGCAGGUCUUCAGUUAUCAGCCAUCAGUGAAACCAGCAGUGGGGCGCAGGUCCAGGGGCUUCAAGCAGGUGCUACUCCGCCGGUCAUCCAACUACAGCUUCCAGAGGACAUUGCAGCCAUCGUGCGUCGGGUUGCAAAGAAGGAAUUCAACGUGGACUUCCCAGACGAGAUUUCAAUAGGAGGGUCAAAGUCUGACCUGGAGGACGCCAUGGAGGCGUUGGGCAGGAUGGGCUUUCAGGGUUUGGAGACGAUAAUUGGGGACUUGGACCCUGCUUUAGAUGCUGACAACAGCGGAGUCUUCAACUGGAAAGCAGGUGUCCGCGAAGAUGACAGCGCAAACAUGACCGCCGCUCAGUCUUUUGUCCAAGAGAAUAUCUCGGCGCACCUGGAGGGGUACAAGGCAGUGAACGUCUGCCAGUUGAACAUCUUCAGCAAGGUGGAUGCAACUCCUACCAAAAGGCUGAAAUUGCGGGAGACAAAAACGGACUUGGCCCUUGUCAUGGACGAAUUCGAGGCACAAGCGAAAGAGAAUCCAAGGAACGUCUUGGAUAAGACAUCCGGCAUUGUCGACACCAAGACUGAAGCAGCAUGGAAGAAAAACCAUAAGGAGUUCCGCGGCCAAGCUCUUGGCCAGUUCGUAGGGUGCACGCUCGUCUCUCGGCGGAAGGGAGUAGGCAUGCCCGUCAUGCUCACGAACCUGAUAGGGGACUCGAACGUAUUCCAUGGCGCGCAGGACUCCGAUGGGAGAGCGGUCGUCAGGGAGGUGCAGUUUACAAACCAGAGUGCAGCGUUCCGGUACUUUGCGGGGGUGUGCAAGAAGGCAGAAGUUGCAUCUCGACGAAAGGUGGACGAUCUUCUGAAGGACCUUGACAACCUUCAGCCCCAUCAUCCGGUAGCACCUCUUGAGUCUCCCGCAAGAAACCCGCUGCUCGGAACAUCGUCCAACAUCUCGCCGCCUCAUCCCUCCAACGAUGACCUUACCGAGUGCAUCUAUAAGGAAACGCAACGUGAGCAGCCGCUAUUCAACCUGCCGCAGUUUGAGCUGAUGAUGCGGUACUGGGGAAACUUGGAGGAAGGGCUUCUAAGAGCACCAGAAUUGCAGUCAUUCCCGAGCUACAUGUCUUGACACGAAAGCAAAUCGGAAUAGCAGCGAACUACCUAGCCUUUUCAGAGCUGACGCGCGAACUCGUAUAACAUGCCGCCCUUUAAGGGCACGCUGAACGGUUUUGACAAUGUUCAAGGGGCGGCAGCAAAGUAAGUUUGAAUCGUCAUAUUGGUGGCCAAUUGCCAACAACACCCUUGUCGUUUAAAGAUUGUAGCUGAUCAGACGUUCGUGAUGGUGCAUCAUCGCACGUAUGCCGCGUUGUCAGUAUGUUGGCGAUAGACUGCUUUUGAGUAGAUUGCAGCCACUUCAGUGGUAUGUAUUCUCUAAUUUGGCCCGGCUCGGAAAGGUCGUACUACAAACGCGAUCCUUCUUUCCUUGUACAAAAACAGAAGUAGAAAUUGAAAAGUCUUGCAAUAUAGACUUUCUGGAUUCCAUGCAAAACAGGAAAUACGUACAUACAUUACUCUCCUCUAUCAAUUAUAAUAUCCUUACCAAUAUGUUUGUAUUUGCUAUUCUCUCCUUGCUCCAAAAUGUCGUACUUAAAACGUAAACU